AUGAGCCGAAAUGUGUGUAUGAUUAUUUAUGUAUCAUCAUUUUAUAUAGUUUUAUCAGUCGGAAUUUUAGCAUGAAUUGGAAUCUCGACAAAAUACUUAUACACAUCCUCAACUCUCUCAUUCCAAGGCCUCUGAAAUGUCUUUGUCUCAUGACUUCUCCAAAUUGAUAACGUUCUCCUUUCCUUAUCAUUCUUUUUUAAAGGAAACCUGGCUGAGAUCUCAGAAAAAAUGAUCCUGAUUAUUCUCAUCAUUUCAGGCCCUGUUUUACUUGCUUUAUGCCUAGUUGGCUCAUAUUUUGAUUGCAUUAACUAUGAGGCGUGAUUUUGUGAAGAGCCUCCUUGCGUAAUCUUCAAAUAGGCCUGAGCAGAAAUCCUUAAAAGUGUCCACUUUGCUAUUUUGUACUUUAUAUCAAUUUUCUGCUUUGGGACGCUGGUUUCUUAUAUAUAUCUUAAUUAUAUAGCACCAGAACCUUGGAGAGAGUCACUGGUAAGACCAUUAUUAGAAAUAGACACUGAGGCUUUAGAUGUCUCAAAUGGAGAAAUCUGCUCGAUCUGCUUGGAAAAUAUGAAAACAAGAGAAAUUGUCAGCAAACUUAGCAAUUGCCACCAUACUUUUCAUAAAGCAUGUAUUGAAAGAUGACUUCAAAUAUAGAAAUUUCCCAUAGAUGGCGCUGUUUGCCCUUGAUUUGCCCACUGGAGAAAUUUUUUGGUUCGACCAGUCCCAUAUGGUUUGGUCAAACCAAAACAUUUUUCUCAUGGGCAAAUCAAGGGCAAACAGCGCCAUCUAUGGGAAAUUCUUCUAUAAAGCACAUUUGCCCUUUAUGUAGAGAUUAA